CGGACUGAUUUCUGAUUAUUGCGAGAGGAAAUGGGAACGAGAACGAACUUCUACAAGAACCCUUCUUUUACAUAUAACAAAGAUUUCGACCUCAACUCAGUUCUUCAAAAUCUAAAAGCUUAUAAUGCUGCCACCGGAAAUCCAACUCCGCCGGAUGAUGAAACGGUCUCCAGCAAGGGAAAAGGCCUCUUACAAUCUAACCGCUGCAAGCGGCGGAGGAUUUCACCUUCCAUGGCUAAAAGAGACGAAACUGAAGAAAGUGAUGGACCCAUGUCUCACCAUGAUUAUAUUCAGAAAAUUAGGAAAGAAGCUAAUUCGAUUGAAGCCUUUGAGGAAUUAACUAAUAAAGUGUUGGAGGGCGAGGGUUCGGCCUCUGGUGGACGAUUGGUGUUGGGGUAUGACAGUGAUGCAAGUAGUGAUUUCUCAGAAAGAGAAGAAACCAAGGAUCCUCUUCCUGAAAGUGCUGGAAAUACAAACAGUGGCAAUGAUGUAAUAAAGGAAAGAAGCUCACAGAGGUUUCCUAUUCCUGGAGAGCCUGUAUGUGUGGUGUGUGGCAAAUAUGGGGAAUAUAUAUGUGAUGAGACUGAUGAUGAUAUCUGCAGCAUGGAUUGCAAAGCUGAGCUUUUGGACAAUCUAAAAAAUUCUCAGGGGCCUCCAACUCCAAGCAACCAAAUAUUAGUCAAGGGACCUAAAUUUCAAUUGCAACUUUCUGAAACUGACACUUGGGAUUUCAACCGUCAUCGCUGGUCAACAAACAGAUCUAUUCUAUCUUCAUAUCAAUGUUGGAAAUGUAAAAAAGCCGGUCAUCUUGCUGAAGAUUGUUUAGUCAUCAUGGAAUCAAAUCCUGAAUCUCAGGCAUCAAGUGUUAUACCUAGGGAUCUUCUUGAACUAUAUAAAAGAUGCCACCAAAUCAGCAAGAAAUCCACAGGGGCCGGAUGUAAUGCCUGCAAUAGUUUGUCUACUUUGGGGGCCUGCCUUGAUUGUAGAAUAACAUUAUGUGAUAGUGGAGGGCAUGUGGUGGAGCAUAUCCAAACACACCCUUCCCAUACCAAGUACUACUCUUUCAAGCUCAACCGUCUUGUUAAAUGCUGUAAAUCAAGUUGUAAGGUGACUGAUAUAAAGGAUCUUCUUGCUUGUCACUUUUGCUUCGAUAAAGCAUUUGACAAGUUUUAUGACAUGUACAACGCAACCUGGAAAGCAGCAGGAAUUUCUAUCAUCGCUGGCUCCAUUUGUUGUGAAGAUCACUUUGCUUGGCAUCGGAUGAAUUGCUUGAAUGCGGGCGUGGAAGAUAGUGCCUAUAUUUUUAAAAAGCACAACAUGCACAUGGGGAGUCAGAAGCGAUCUCAGUUGAGUGAUUUCAUUUUCUAAAACCAUUCAGGAAUGAAAUGGACAAAUGGUGUGGAUGUUGUAAUAUUUUAGAGAAAGAGUUAAUUGAAAGAGAGAAUUUUGAUACUCUUAUUAUUUUGGAUCCAAAAUCAAAUAUUGAACACCGAACUAGUCCUUAAUUUUGAACGUGGAUUGAUUCUCUUAUAUAUGUAUAUGUUUGAAAUCCAA